AUGACUCCCACUGAAUGGGUGCUGCACCGCCUCAUUGCUAGGAAGGAGACCUACUCACGAGUGUAUCCCAUGAUCUACAAAAUCACCCAACUUUGCACCACGAUGCCAGUAUCCAAUGCUUGGCCAGAAAGAGGAGUGAGCACUUUGUGGAGGGUGAAGACAUGCGUACCAAGCCGCAUGAAAAAUGAUCUUCUUGAGGCUUUGAUGCAUGUUUUCAUCAAUGGCCCAGCUGUCUCAUCCAAAGAGGGAAGCAAGAUCAUUGACAGAGCUGUGAAACGAUGGAGUCAGGUCAGGAGAAGGAAGCUACCCAAUGUGCAGUGUGCUACACGUAUGAAUGUUUCAAGCAUGACAUCAACAUCUGAUGCACAGGUACAUUGAAUAUUUUUAUGUGUAUGAAGUCAAGUAACUGGAGUGUUAACUGGAGUGUUCAUUUAUAUCUUUCGUACAAAGUUAACUCCAACUAAUCUGUUAACUUGGAUAACGGGUAUUUGUUAAUUGGCAAUUUCUCUUAUGUACAGGUACAAACCAGUGAGCAAGAUGAUGUGGCUCACAGUUCUGCUGAUGAGGUAAAAGGUCCCAAGGCUGAAGAGCUAGCAGAGACUGCCAGGACAUUGUUUUUGCUAAUUUUUUCAGACCUAGUGGACAUUUCAAGUCGACAACGUUUUGUUAUUGAUAAUAUUAGGGAAUAA